UAUAAAAUAUGAAAUUUAAUUAUAUAGAUUCAACUAUAUAGUAACUUAAGAAUGUGAAGUUACUAUUUGUGCCUGCAAGAUGCAUUGUGCACUGCGUAAGAAGCGGGAGAGGUAGCGAUAGUUGGAUAGUUGCAUGCUGCUUUGAUCGGUGUUUGCUUUCUGUUUGUGGUAUUAAUUUUAUUCGAAAGUCUGUACGAUGUGGGUAUUGUUUGUGGUUUUAAUUUACCGAUUGUUUUGUAGUUUUUCUAGAAUUAUUUAAGAAAUUGCGUUUAUCUUACGUUUGACCACGUCCUGUAUGUCCUCAUACAGCCGACAAAUAUUUUUUAAACUAUGUAAUAAAUUUAAUGUUUUAGCUCUUGUAUUGGAAUGUUAUAUGACAUUCUUUAAACCACAUGGCAGACCAAGAUACUACAGACUAUUAUGCACUUUGUGCAAAUGAUCAAGAUGAGUUAGGUCUAAAUGAAAAACUAAUAGAAAAUAGCAUAUCUCAAUCAUUAUGUGAUCUAAAUAGUAGCAAUAAUAGCAUUACAGUUGAAAAUGCAACAUCUGUUUCUCCAUUGUUAAGUCAUUAUAAAUAUCAUUGUUUCUCGCAUCAUGAUAGUCCAGUUAAUUUUUCAUCUUUACCAACGUAUCUUCCACCUAUUGGUGUAUUUUGGGAUAUAGAAAAUUGUCAUGUACCAAAGGGAAGGUCCGCCAUGGCUGUAACACAAGUAAUUAGAGAAAAAUUUUUUAAUGGUUAUAGAGAAGCAGAAUUUAUUGUAGUUUGUGAUGUCUUAAGAGAAAAUAGUCGGGUUAUGAAAGAAUUAAAUAAUGCUCAGGUUAAUUUAAUACAUGUUGCUAGAGAAUGCAAAAAUGCUGCUGAUGAAAAACUUAAACAAUCUAUUAGAAGAUUUGCUGAUAUUCAUGGAAGUCCAGCAGCUGUGAUUUUAAUAUCUGGUGAUAUUAAUUUUGCUCCUGAUCUUAGUGAUUUACGUUAUAGAAAAAAAAUUCAUGUGAUACUUUUACAUAUGAAAAAUACAUCUGAAGCAUUAAUUUUAUGUGCCAAUGAGCAUUAUGAUUUCUCAGAACUUAUGGAAUCACUGCCAUCCACAACUGUACAGGUUACUACUUAUUAUGAUCUCCUAGUUAGUAACCUUCCUGAAGAUCAGGAUAUUGUAUCUAUUAAAUGUUAUCUUAAACAAAUGUUCGAAAACUAUGGUGGUCAAGUAAUGGAAAUUCAAUCAAAUACUGCAAUUAUACAUUUUACUUCCAAACCUUUUGCAGAAAGGGCUCAGAAGCGUUUGAAUGGGAAGGUUGUCUUUGGUUCGAAAAUUUCCGUAAAAUUUCUAAAAGAGAAAGGGACUCAUUUUCAAAAAAUUCGAGGAAUUUCUAUAAACAGAAACGGUACUGUAAGUGAAUCAGAAAUUGUUACUAGUUCUCCAAGACAAAUGUAUACUGCAAGUGCUUCGUUAGCGGGUGGAAGAGCUCUUCAAUUUCCACAUUAUCAGUCAUCUAUGCCAGUUAUUGGAACAUAUUCUGGAUGGAAUGCUCAUUGCACUUCCGCUUCAACACCAGUAGGAAUGGUUCAACCUCCUGUUUUUGUUAGAAGACCAUAUCCAAAUAAUAAUAAUGUAGCUUUUAAUAGAACUUAUAAUGAACUUGCAAGGACUCAAUCUCCUUCAUUCUGGCAAGUUUCUGGUUCUCAGCAAUUUAGUCAUGUAUGGGAAGAACAAUAUAAGGUGGAAAAAACAAAAGUACUUAGUAGAAGAAUUCAUAUUCCGCAGGCUCGGGAUAAUGGUGUUGUAAAUGAUGUAGCUCCUCGAACUUCUGAAGCUUUAAGAUGUAUCAGAGGAACACAUACUUAUGUUCAACCUUCAGAAUGGACUGGUCAACAUCCUUCAUUAAAUGUUCCUAUAAAUUUGAAUGGAACUACACAUCCUCAGUCGAAUUUUAAACGUCGAAGUCCAUCUCCUAUGUAUGAUUUACAAUCACGAGAACGAAAUCAAUGGAAUGGACAACAAAACGCGUCUGUACGUACUACUAGAACACCUUCGCCUUAUGAAAAUACAAUACAAACGAUAAAUCAACAAAGUAAUCGUACGUCACCUUAUCAUCCAAGUGAUACAGAAAGUGAAGAAGUUGAGAAAUUUUUCAAUCCAGUAAAUAAUCGCAAUGGAAUAUCAACAAACAAUGAAACAUGCACGCCUAUCGAAUUGCAAGUAACUAAUUUAGACCAAAGUAUUAAUCCAAAAAAAAUGAGACAUAUGCUUGUCUCUAUUUUUAUGAAACAUGUGAUGGUUUUGAAUGUUUCCAUUUUUACACAAUCUGAUGGUAACUUUGCAGCAAGUGUCAAAGUACCUUCUUUAGCAGAUGCACAAUACGCAAUUUCUCAAUUGCAUCGUCAUAAAUUAGGAUAUAAACGUAUUUUUAUAUCAUAUGCUCAUAGUGGUAGAGCAAGUCCUCAAGUUGUGCGAGCACAAAUCGUAAUGUUAUUGCAAGAAGUACCUGGUCACGAACUUCCUCUUUUUAAAUUUCGAGAAAUGUACGAGAGUCGUUUCAUGAUUUCCAUCAGUGUUUCUGAAUUGUACAAAAUGAAAGAUGUUUGUAUUAUUACGGAAGAUCCUGGUGGUAGAAUGGUUUCUCUUAAUCCAGAUCACAGAAAUACUCCAUCACCAUGUUUUAAUAAUACAACUCAGGAGGAACAAGUAGAGUUACCAUACUGCACUAUUCAUACACUAAAACCAUGGUCUGAUAAAGGAUGGGCUGAACAAAAAGUAGCAUCACUUCCAAAUGUAAAAAUUUCUUUAAAAGUUCUCGAACCACGUAUACAGCAAUUAUUAACUACGCAUAAUGGCAGUUUACCAUUGCCUAGUUUGUCAAAUUGUUAUGAGGCUGAAUUUAAAGAAAAAUUACAAGUAGUUGAAAAUGGGGUACCCUUAGAACACCUAGUAUCUUGUUUAUCAUGUGUUGAGUUAAAACAGGGUAUUGGUAGCGUAAAGUACCUUAUUUGGGCAGAAAAUAAAUCUCAUGAAAAUAAACAUGAAGAAAAUAAAUGUGUAAGUUCUCCGCUUGCAAAUCAAUUAGCACUUUUCAGUCGUGAAUUAGUUGAUCUUUUAAAAACUGCUCCACACUGCCAAUUACCAUUUCAUCGAUUUAUACCUACAUAUCAUCAUCAUUUUGGAAGACAAUGUAGAGUUGCUGAUUAUGGAUUUACAAAACUAAUUGAUCUUUUAGAAGCACUUACUCAUACUGUACAAGUAAUGGGUGAAGGAAAUAAUCGUGUUAUCACAUUAUCUCAUCGUGCUCAAGUACGUCGUUUUACAUCUGAUCUGCUAAGAGUUUUAAAAUCUAAAGCUAGUAAACAAGUAGCACUUUCAGAAUUUCCAAGUGUUUAUGCUAGAGUAAUAGCUAAGCCUUGGGAUAUUGUGGAUUAUGGAGUAUGUGAUAUUGAAGAUAUCCUCAAUGAAAUACCAAAAAAUACUAUUGUUGUCACUCUAAUUAAUGGAGGGGAUAAAAUGAUAGCUAUUCCUAAACGAGAACAAACUGAGGAAGAAAUAAAACGAACAAAACGAUUUGCUAUAGAGGUUAUCGAGUUACUACGACACGCACCUCAAUGUAGAAUGCAAUUUAAUAAAUUUGUACCAUCAUAUCAUCAUCAUUUUGGUCAUCAGUGUCGGAUAUCAGAUUAUGGUUUCACAAAAUUAAUUGAAUUAUUUGAAGCUAUACCAGACAUAGUUAAAAUAGAAGAUGAUGGUUCUGGAGAAAGACAAAUUUCAUUGACAGAAAAGGAAGGACUUCGUGUACUUUCUAAACAAAUAUCUAGAUUAAUCAUUCGGUCAGGAGGUUGUCUUAGCGUUUCAAACAUUGCACAAAACUUUUUACAUGAAUUUGGUUAUGCAAUAAAACCAGAAUUAUUUGGAUGUACUUCUAUAUUGCAACUUAUGCAGAAACUUGGGGAUACUGUAAAGAUUGUAUAUUUACCAAGUAAACUUGUAGUUAUGAUGAUAGAUAAGUCUCACUUGCAGCAAUUAACUUUACAAUGCCGUCGAUUAUUAAUUGAUAAACCACAGCAUAGAAUGCCAAUUAAAGAGUUUCAACAAUUAUAUGCUCAAUACUAUUUAAAAUCGUGUAAUAUAGACGAACUAAAGCAAAAUUUAUGUAAUGUAGUUCAAUUUAUAACAAUUGAUGAUGAACAAUUUGUAGAACUUACUCCAUUACAUUGUUUCGCUUGUAAUUUGUGUCGCGUAAUGAUAAAUUAUGGUGGAGCGUUAAAACUUUCACAAUUCGAGACAGCAUAUUUAUCUACUAUAGGUUCUGCUUGUAAACCUGUAGAUUAUGGAUUUCCAACAACAUUUGCACUUUUACAAGCAUUACCUUGUACAGUAACAAUAAAAUUAUCACGGCGAAAAAAAAAUAUUAUAUAUUUGAAUAAAAAAAUUGCUGCUGUCGAUAUGGUAUUACCAUCACCAACAUGUGCAUCAGCAUCAUCAUACUGUGAUACUGAUUCUAGUAAUGAAUCCUUUGAAAGUGAUUCAUCUUCUCAUGUCAAUAUUUCAAAUAAUUCGAAUACAUUAGAACAUGCAAAAUGGACAGAACAAACUGUUGAUAAUCAAAAUUUCUGGAAGCAAACAGAAAAGAAUAAUGUAUGGUCUGAAGAAUCUAAUAAAUCUUGGAAAACAUCAAGUUCGGAAGAUCGAUCGCUUAAUUGGCCAUUGCGAGAAAGUGGAAGCGAAAGUUUUUACAAAAGCUUAAUGCAAACGCCAAUUAUACCAUGUGAUUUUCCUGCACCUCCUAAACCAGAUUCUCCUCCUGAGAAAGAUUUAAACAAAAAUCAAUGCGAAUCCUCAGUUUGCAUGACACCAACAAAAUUUACAUAUCCACGUACUCCUAAUGUACAGAUUCCUCCAUUGACUUUACAUCCUUCAUGGCAUCAAAUCACAUCUGAUGGUAGUAAUUUACUAUCACCAAUGAAAACUUUAUUAACUGCUUCAGAGAAUCCUUUAAAUCCAUGUACUUCACCUUUCUUUUCUUCUAAGCAUAAUUUGGUUGUUGCUCCUCAUCCUUCUGAAUUACCACUUCCUUCGUUAUCAUUAACUCCGAAAAAGAAUAUGUCUUCAGAAGCUGUUGCCGAAAAUUCUAUAAAUAAACAAGAAAACACUGUCAAUAAUCUCAUAGAAGAUAUGAGUCUCAAAAAUAAUGAAAGUGAUAAUAGUAAUGCGAAAACUAAUAGUAACAAAGAAAAAUAUAGUACUCCUACAAAACAAUUAUUUACCAGCAAACGUCGUUUAGCUGCUCAAUUUAAUCAACCUAUUGAAUCAUAAAUUCACUAAGAGAAUAAAGAAUGUGUUUGAAUACAAUAUGAAAAUAAGAAAUUUGGUAUCUAAACACAUUUCAUAGUCAUAUGAUGUGUUAACAGAGUUAAUAAGAAGAAGAAUGUAGCAUCUCGGUAGGCUGUUAAACACUGGGUUCAAAUAUCUAUAUGCCAUUUUCAAAAUAAUGAGUAUCUAUCUAUACAAUGAUGCAAAUGCACCUGUAAUCUCAAUCUGAGAUGAAUUAAUAAUUUAUAUAUCAUAUCUUUUAUUAGUAAUACCACUACCAACUGGACCAUGACGUCGUUCCCAAAUCAUACGAUGCUUUUGUUUCAUAAAUGCAUCAACUACACUUAGUGGUACACCAAUAUCUCCAUCUGUAUUUCAUUACAACAUUAAAAUUAAAA